GGUGAGUAGACUGACAUGGGUUUGCAUCAACAUCGCCAUGCGCGCGCCUUUGCUUUGCUUCCUUUCCGCUCUCGUCGAUGCCGAUGGACCCGCUUCCACCACAGCCGCCACCUCAGCAUCGCCCGCCGUUCAUCGCUCCUUUGAGGGGAACGGGGACUGGUUGAUUCGCGAAGAUGGGGCCUCAAAGAGCGACAGCACCUGGUGCUGGCGCACCGUGGAGAUCGGGUCCUGGUUCCAAUCCGGGCGUGCGUUGGCGGAAGUGGUGCCGAUCAACGUCACAGAGGACCAGGCGCCGGGAGUGAGUCUGGCCGUGGGCGUUUUGUCUGGGACAGUGGAGGGCCGGGUGAACGAUCUCAGCAUGUCCACAGCGGUCUGCGGCAGCAGCUAUCACUGGAGCGUGGCAUAUGGACACGGUGAGGGUGUCGAGAUCCUCGGCAACAAGUGGGGCGACGGCCCAGGGAUCUACAACGAAAAUGUGGUGCAUGUCCUGGUGGACAUGGACGCGCGCACCCUCGCCUACGCGGUGAAUGGCCAGUGCCACGGCACAAAGAGCCUCUCCGCGAGCCGCGUGCGCCUGGCGGCGGCGGUCUCGCGGCCCAAGGACGCCAUCAGGCUGGGGGACGGUGCUUCAGCGCCAGCCUGCCUCUUCGAGGCAGCCCAGGCGGCAAGUGCCGCGAGCGCAAGCGCAAGAGGUGUGGCAUGGGCAGUGGUGUUGGCCUGGAUCUCCAGUUGAGCCUCAAGCGGCACGGUGUAUGCGCCGUCUCUUUUCUUUGGGGCUGGCUCGGAGUUUUGCCUCUCAAAGACGCCCUGCAAUGUGGUGGAGAUGUUCCAAGCUCGGCCGAUCCAGUCCCGAAACAGUUCCAGCUCCGUUGCCUUGAGGCCUGGAAACAGGGCCCCGCCGGUUGAUCCGCAAAGUGGGCCAACCAUGACACGCCUGGCAAUGUGAAAGGGCCUAAGAGAUGGGGUGAGA